UACAACUGGUCCCACAGCUGGUCCAACAACUGGUCCCACAGCUGGUCCCACAGCUGCUCCUACAGCUGGUCCAACAAACAACCCAACAACAGGAAGCCCAAUCGCAGCACCACCUGGCCAAAUCUCAAAUACAACAGUGGCAAGCCUGACAGCAGCAGCAACGGCAGCAGCAGCAGCAGUAGCAGCAGCAGCAGCAGCUACAGCAGCAGCGGCUGGAGCAGCCUCUUCAGGAUCAGAUGCGGAAGAUGCAGUAGCAGCUGCAGUAGCCGCGGUCACUGCUGCAUUGAAUGCAGCUGCAGCUUCUGAAGGACCACUAGCAGGACUAUCACCUGCCUAUGCUGUUGAAACAGCAGUCAAAGCAGCUGACAAAGCAAAAUUAGCAAUAAAUGCAGCGCUAAAAGCAGCUUCAUCAGCCCCAGCAUCAAGAGCAGAAAUGUUACGAAAUAUAGUCGAGGCUGCAGCGAAUAUUUCAGCUGCAGCAGAUAAGGUAGCUGCAGCUGUUGUUGCAGCUGCCAAUUCAACAACAGCAGUUUCAGCAAAGUUAGUUGCAGCAGCUGCAACAGAUGCAGCAGAGGCUGCAUCAAGAGCUCUAGCUGCAUUGCAGGUAGCAUUAUCAGAAAACAAAAAUGCAACAUCCGAAACCAACACAAACUCACCAUUUGUGCAAGCAUCAAUGUUAGCAGCAGAAAAAGCAGCAGAAUUGGCUGCAGCAACAGCAAUGAAAGCAAAAGAAGCAGCUGAAGCUGCGUCAGAUGCAGCAACAGCAACAUCUGUAGCUGAGUCAAUCGAUAAGGCAAGAGAAGCAGCUGUCAAAGCCAGGGAAGCGUCACUGAUUGCAAAGGCCGCUGCAAAAGCAGGAGAAACCGCAGCGUCUGCUGCUGCUGCCGCAACUGCCAUUUCUGUUGCAACGCCACUGAUUCCCACAACAACAGCACCAACAACAAUGAUGACAACUACAGGAUUAUCUACUACUACCACAACUACAACAAUACCUUCAUCACUACCACUAACAUCACCCACACCAGCGUUCACAUCAGGAGCAACAACUAUACAGCCAACAACAGACGGCGCAACAACAACACAAUCAACAACAGCAUCGCCCAUAACAAUGUCACCGAGAGGAACAGCAACAGUGAAAGCAGUAUCCGUGGCUGCAGCAGCAGCAGCUACUGCAGCAGCAGCAGGAGGAGCCACUUCUGUAGUGGCUGGAGCCACAACAAGCCCAGUUGCAGCAAAAGCCAUAAAAGCUGCACAAGAUGCAGCCAGAGCUGCCAUAUUACUGUCCAAAGGGCAACCCUCACCAGCAGCAGCUGCAUUUGCAGCAAUUGCGGCUGCCAACGCCGCCAAAGAAGCAGCAGUAGCAGCAAGUCUUGAGGCAGCAGCAGCACCAGCAGCAAAGAGAGAAUCACUCGCAAGACUAGCAAAUGCAUCAUCAAUAGCUGCACAGGCUUCUGAAGAAGCAGCAGCCGCAGCAGUGCUGGCAGCCUUUGGUAGCACAACAGCUAACGACGAAGUUGCACAAGCUGAAAAAACAGUGGCUGAAAAAGCAAUAAUAGUUGCAGGAAUAUUGGAAUCAGAAUUAUCAUCAGUGAGUGGACCCACAGCAGCAGCCACAGGUUUAUCCUUAUCAGCAGCGCAAGCAGUGGCAGCAAUGACAGAAGCAACAGCACUGAUUGCAUCGACAGCAACAGGCGACUUGGUAGUAGCAGCAAAUGCAGCAGCAAAAAGUUCAGCAGCAGCAGCAAGGGCAGCGCUGGGGGCACUCCCAAUCAAAGUCGUGGGUACACCCACAGGGCAAACAACACCACCAGUGACAGGAGCCCCAUCAACACCACCCACAGAAGAACAAACUGCAGCAAUAAUCGCGUCCACCUCAGCAGCAGCAGCAGCAACUGCAGUGGCAGCCUCAACAGCAGCAGUCAGUGGAGCAGCACCCAAAGAAUUAGAAGCUGCCAUAACCCAGGCACGAGCAGCAGCUCGAGCUGCCACCUUAGCAGCAGAUGGAACAGCAUCAGUAUCCCUGGCAGUAGCAGCAGCUGAAGACGCUGCAGAGGCAGCAGAAGCAGUAGCAUUAGCAGCCAUUCAAGCAGCAGCAAGUGCACCUGCAUCAAUUAGAGAUGUAAUGGCAAAUAUAGCCAAGGAAUCAUCAAAAGCUGCAAUGGCAGCAAGGGCAGCAGCAACAGCAGCAAAAGCAGUCAACGAGGCAGCUUCAGCAGCAGCAUCUCAACAAGCAUUGAUGGAAACAGCAGAAGCUGCCAAAGAAGUGGGGAAAUCCUCAAACGAUGCAUUGGCGACAUUAUCAGCAAUCCCAGCAGAAAAAGCAGCACAAAUGACAGAAGAAUCACGUUCAGCAAUAGCAACAGCAGAAACAGUGGCAGACAUCGCAGGAGCAACAGCAUUGUCAGUAGAAUCAGUAGUAAAGGCAGCAACAGCAAACAACUCUGAAAUAAUGAAAUCAAGUACAAAUGCAGCAGCAAGAAGUGCAACAGCAGCAGCAAGGGCAGCAGUGAGGGCACUCCCAAUUAAAGCCGUGGGUACAGCCACAGGGCAACCAUCAAAUAGUCAAACAACAGCACCCACAGAAGAACAAACUGCAGCAAUUAUCGCGUCCACCUCAGCAGCAGCAGCAGCAACUGCAGUGGCAGCCUCAACAGCAGCAGUCAGUGGAGCAGCACCCAAAGAAUUAGAAGCUGCCAUAACCCAGGCACGAGCAGCAGCUCGAGCUGCCACCUUAGCAGCAGAUGGAACAGCAUCAGUAUCCCUGGCAGUAGCAGCAGCUGAAGACGCUGCAGAGGCAGCAGAAGCAGUAGCAUUAGCAGCCAUUCAAGCAGCAGCAAGUGCACCUGCAUCAAUUAGAGAUGUAAUGGCAAAUAUAGCCAAGGAAUCAUCAAAAGCAGCAAAGGCUGCAAAGGCAGCAGCAACAGCAGCAAAAGAAGCCAGCAAAGCAGGAGCAUCUCAAGAAGCAUUGAUGGAAACAGCAGAAGCUGCCAAAGAAGUGGGGAAAUCCUCAAACGAUGCAUUGGCGACAUUAUCAGCAAUCCCCGCAGAAAAAGCAGCACAAAUGACAGAAGAAUCACGUUCAGCAAUAGCAACAGCAAAAACAGUGGCAGUCAUCUCAGGAGCAACAGCAUUGUCAGUAGAAUCAGUAGUAAAGGCAGCAACAGCAAACAACUCUGAAAUAAUGAAAUCAACUACAAAUGCAGCAGCAAGAAGUGCAACAGCAGCAGCAGGCGUUCAGCUUUCACUGGUAUCAGGGACAAAUGUAACCCCAUCUACAGCAAGCCCCACACCAGGCAGCACUGCAGCAUCAACCUUGGCAACAACAACAACAGCAGCAGCAGCAUCACCUGUAGAAGUUAAAGCAAAGGAAACUGCAGUCGUGGCGUCAACAGCAGCAGCAGCGGCAGCGGCAGCAGCUGCCUCAGCAGCUGCGGCAGCUUCUGGACCAGCAGCAUCCACAGCAGCCAGGAAUGCAGCAGUAGCUGCAAAACAAGCAGCAAAGGCUGCUGCAUUAGUUGCAGCAGGGGCAGCACCAGUGGAAACAGCAGCUGCAGCAGCAAGAAAAGCGGCUGAAGCAGCAGAUCUGGCAGCACAAGCAGCCGUAGACGCAGCAUUAAAACAAGGAACAGCAGGACAAACGCAGCAAGCAGCGCUGAUAGCAGCAUCAGCAAUUAAGUCGGCAAAUGCAGCAAAAACAGCAGCAGCAGCAGCAACGUCGGCAGCAGCUGCAAACGCAAAUCCAGCAACCAUCUCAGGAGCUGCUGAAGCUGCCAGAUCAGUGGCCACAGCAUCAAAAGAAGCAGUAGAACAGCUGCAGGACGUUUUAUCACAGGCCACAGGCUCGACCGCAGCAGAGAAAGCAGCGAUAGCAGGGGCACAGGCAGUGGCAGAGAUGGCACAGGCAACAGCAGCAGUAGCCACAACAGCAGCGGAAACAGCAGAAGACGCAGCAUCAGCAACAUCUGCAACAUCCGCGGCAGAACUCACAGCAAUAAUGACAUCAGCAGCACAAGGGGCGGUGACAUCGGCCUCAGCCGCAGCAACAGCAGCAGAGGCCCUCGCUGACCAAAGCAACGCAGCAGCAGCAGGUGGAUCUGGAUCUGGGUCUGGGUCUGGGUCUGGGUCUGGGUCUGGAUCUGGGUCUGGAUCUGGGACUGGAUCUGGGACUGGAUCUGGGUCUGGGUCUGGAUCUGGAUCUGGAGCUAGUUCUGGGUCUGGGUCUGGGUCUGGAACAGGAUCAAAUCCAGGAAGCAACACAACAGGAGCUGCGAGCUACCAUACGAUCAGCCUGGUUUCUGUGGGGAUCUCCGUCAUCGCUGCUCUGCUUCUGUGAGGAGCAACAUGACGCAGCUGCUGCACUGAAGGACUGACACGCUCAAUUGUAGAAUAUCAAGAUGUAUUUAUUCCUUUAUUUUAUCUCCAAUUCAUCGUGUGUGUACCAAAAUUAUACCAUUUUAUAUUUGUCUUUGACAGGUCAGAAAAGUUGGAUCAAAGGAAAUGAGAAAGGGAACAAUGAUCAAUAUUUGAAUAAUCACUAAUCAGUAAUAGAGUUAUUCAACUCUUUAAAUGGCUGUAAAUUAUCCUAUUUAUUAUCCUAUUUAUUGUGAGCAUGGUUUGUACUGAAUGAAACUGUUGUUAUUCUAUAGUUUAUUGCAAUUCAUAUUCGUAAUUGUGACGGUUUUUGAUUAUAAAUGAAAACAGCCGCUCUUGAUCUAAUUCAUGAAAGAAUGUGAUUAUGUCUUCAUCAAUAAAUGAACAAUUACUGCA